ACUGGGUACAGACGGGCGAUUCAUCAUCUCUCUUUCUCUCUUCAGUUCAGGAUGGCAGAAUAACAGGGUGAAGGCGGAGAUAUCUGCAUUUGCGUAUAUGGGAGGCUGUUAUUACAGCCAAGUUUAGUUUCCACUAGAGUUCAACACUCUAGAAACACGCUUGUAAGUGCGUAUUUGGAAAUGAAAGUGAAGCGAUCGGAGAUGUGGAGAGCCGCUGUCCUGCUGCUGUUAACCGGCUGCGUGUGCGCGAGUGUGCCCGAGGAGCCCGCGGACAGAGCGGCUCCAUCUGACGGCUAUUGCAGCUGGAUAACGCGGGCUCAGCCUCACGGAGCUGGAGGCAGGAGGGAGGGUUUCAGUGAGUUCAGACUGCGAGUGGAAGGAGACCCGGAGCAUUAUCAACCCGGCAGCACUUACCGAGUAUCCCUGUAUGCAACCAACCCUGCAUACUUCAGAGGCUUUACUCUUAUCGCUCUGAAGGAAGGGCACAAUGGUGACCAAGAGGAGGAUUAUGCUGGAAAUUUCCAGAUAAUCGAUGAGGAAGACGCACAGUUUAUGACAAACUGCCCUCCAGCAGUGACAGAAAGCACCCCACGCAGGAGGACCAGGAUACAGGUGUUCUGGAUAGCGCCCGCAUCAGGCAGUGGCUGUGUACUGUUGAAAGCUAGUAUUGUUCAGAGGAAGAUCAUCUCAUUCCAGGAUGAAGGCUCACUCACGAAGCGGAUGUGUGAGAAAGAGCCACUUUAUGGAGAAACCACAGACAAACCCCUGCUGGACUGCUGUGCCUGUGGAACUGCCAAAUACAGAGUCACCUUCUAUGGGAACUGGUCAGAGAAAUUGCACCCAAAAGACUACCCAAGGAGAGCCAAUCACUGGUCAGCCCUCAUUGGAGCUUCCCAUUCAAAGAACUAUAUAUUGUGGGAAUUUGGAGGUUAUGCCAGUGAAGGGGUCAAACAGGUCGCUGAACUGGGCUCACCGAUCAAGAUGGAGGAGGAGAUCCGUCAGAAGGGUGAUGAGGUCUUGACCGUCAUAAAGAUGAAGGCCCAAUGGCCGGCCUGGCAGCCCCUUAACGUUCGAGCAGCUCCUUCAGCUGAGUUCUCAGUGGACCGCACACGUCACCUGAUGUCCUUUCUGACCAUGCUGGGUCCCAGUCCUGACUGGAACGUGGGUCUGUCAUCAGAGGACCUCUGCACCAGAGAGUGUGGCUGGGUCCAGAAGGUGGUUCAGGACCUCAUUCCAUGGGAUGCGGGGACAGACAGCGGGGUCACUUAUGAGUCUCCCAACAAGCGUACAACACCUCAGGAGAAAAUUCGUCCCCUCACAAGUUUAGACCAUCCACAGAGCCCUUUCUACGACCCAGAGGGUGGCGCGAUCACUCCUGUGGCUAGACUCGCCGUAGAGAGAAUUGCUCGCAAGGGUGAGCAGUGCAACAUUGUGCCUGAUAAUGUGGAUGACAUUGUGGCUGACAUUGCCCAGGAGGAAAAAGAAGAAGAUGACACUCCAGAGACAUGUAUCUACUCCAACUGGUCUCCGUGGUCUGCAUGCAGCUCCUCGACAUGUGAGAAGGGGAAGAGGAUGAGGCAGAGGAUGCUGAAGGCACAGCUGGAUCUCAGUGUGCCCUGUCCACAUACUCAAGACUUUGAGCCCUGCAUGGGGCCUGGCUGCAGUGAUGAGGAUGCUUCCACGUGCAUGAUGUCAGAAUGGAUCACAUGGUCACCAUGCAGUAUGUCAUGUGGCGCAGGUGUGCGUUCUAGGGAGCGCUAUGUAAAACAGUUUCCUGAUGAUGGCUUUGCUUGCACUCAUCCCACUGAAGAGACAGAGCCAUGCACUGUCAAUGAGGACUGCUCUCCAAGCAGUUGCUUGGUUACUGAAUGGGGUGAAUGGGAUGUAUGCAGCGCCACCUGUGGGCUUGGCAUGAAAAGACGGGAGCGGAUGGUGAAAAUGCCCCCGUCUGAUGGCUCCAUUUGUGGGGCAGAGGUGGUGGAAGUGGAGAAGUGUAUGAUGCCAGAAUGCCAAUACAAGACCCUCAAAAUGAACCCAGCAGAUUGUCGUGUCUGCCUUUGUCAAGGUGAUCAGGCUAUUGGGGAUUAUGUUCAGAACUUUUGUGGACUCUGCAACCAAGUGGAUUUUAAUGAUGUGGCCCUUAAGGGCAUCUUUCAGGUGGAUCUUAAUGAACCCAUUUGUUUCCUGCUACCUGGAGGGAAAAUACACUGGUCUCUGGAUAAAUAUAUUGAUCAUGCUCUUUUGCUGGCUGGUUCACUGUUUACUGUGGGAGUUGCGGAUGAGGAGCCCCGCAACUGUGCUGUACCCUCUGCACCAGAGCAUCUUCACAUCCCGACCGUCAUGUCAAGAGUUGUCCACAUCAUGCCUACUACUACUGAGUCUGCUAACGUCAUGUCUGCUAAUCCAAGAGCUGCUGAUGUCACACCUGCUAAUCCAGGGCCUGCUCAUGUCAUGCCGGCCACACAAGAGUCUCUUCACAAAAUGGCCGCCACUCAAGAGUCUCGUCCCAUAAUGGCUGCCAACCCAGAGACUUUGUACAAAAUGGCCGCCAUUCCAGAGCCUCGUCCCAUCAUGGCCAUCAUUCCAGAGUCUGCUCACUCCUGCCUGAUCCGCCUUGGUGAAGACCUGCUUUGA